GAUCUGGGUGAGAAUCAUGUGGAAGCUCAACAAUUGAGCUCUCACCCUCCAACCUUGUGGUCGGAAGUUCGACUAUUGCGUAUAAAUCCCUAAUUUUCAGAGUAAAUUUCCGUAUUAAAAGAUUGUGAUCUGGGUGGGCCUAUUAGCCCAGUCCAAAUUCGAACAACUUUGUCAAAUGGGCUUUUGUAGUGUUUUUGUUUUUCCCAAGUCAACCGUAUUUAAUUUUUUGUUUUUGGAAUUUGAUUUUACUUGAAAAAUUCUAGUAGUUUUUUUUUCGGGUGUUUAAUUUGCAGAGGAAGGUGGAAUUUUGUAAAGAAUGAGGCAGUUGCUGAAGAAAUCAUCGUUGAUACGUGCAUUGGCGGUUGCUGCUUUGGGUUCUGAGGUUUUAUAUACAAAUGUUGUUUCUGACUCUAAUUUCAGAUUUGAUGUUACUCUAUCCCUUCCAACGAGAUGUGACUUAUUAUCGGCGCCAUGGCGAGUUGCACUAUUUUCUCUGGGUUCCGUGAUGCCUGUUGUGGGAAAUGAUUCUUAUCCGCUCCAUUUCUCUAGAGUCGCACCUGAUCCUACAGUUGAUACAAACAGUUCAGCCUCUACAGAUGGGUCCACUCAUUGUUCACGCUGUUUUACUAGAGAUACCAUCACCAAUGCAGCUGCCAAGGUUAGCCCAGCUGUUGUCAAUCUGUCUGUACCUCAGGCUGCAGGAAUCUAUGGUUUGACUAUGGGAAAGAGUAUCGGUUCAGGAACCAUUAUUGAUUCUGAUGGUACUAUUUUGACUUGUGCCCAUGUGGUUGUCGACUUUCAGGGUAUGAGAGCUUCAUCAAAAGGGAAGGUUGAGGUUACUUUACAAGACGGUAGAACAUUUGAGGGAAAAGUAUUAAAUGCUGAUGUACAUUCCGAUAUAGCAAUUGUAAAGAUCAAACCUAGAUCACCACUACCAGCUGCAAAACUUGGCUCCUCAAACAAGCUUCGUCCUGGAGACUGGGUGAUAGCAAUGGGCUGCCCUCUUUCCCUCCAAAAUACCGUGACAGCUGGCAUUGUAAGCUGUGUUGACAGAAAAAGCAGUGAUCUGGGACUUGGUGGAAUGAGAAGGGAAUACUUACAGACAGAUUGUGCCAUUAAUGUGGGAAAUUCAGGAGGUCCUCUCGUUAAUAUGGAUGGUGAGGUUGUUGGUGUCAAUAACAUGAAAGUGCUAGUUGCUGAUGGAUUGAGCUUUUCUGUGCCAAUUGACUCUGUCAGUAAAAUCAUUGACCAGUUCAAGAAAAGAGGGAGAGUUGUUCGUCCUUGGCUUGGACUCAAAAUGAUUGACCUCAAUGGGAUGAUCAUAUCUCAGCUUAAAGAGAGAGAUCCAGCAUUUCCUAUUGUUGAUAGAGGUGUUUUAGUUCCAAUGAUGGAACUGCUCAGAAGUGCGGUCACUAUCGCUAUCGCUAGUAGAUGUGCAUUACAAAUUACGCUAGGUUACUCCAGGCUCUCCUGCAGAUCGUGCUGGUUUCCAGCCAGGAGACGUUGUCACUGAAUUUGAUGGAAAGUCUGUUGGAAGCAUAAAGGAGAUAAUAGACUUAAUGGAUGAGAAAGUGGGGAAGCCCCUGAAGGUGGUUGUGAAGAGAGCAAACAAUGCUGUGGUAACCUUAACUGUCAUCCCGGAGGAAGCAAAUCCAGACAUGUAACUCAGACGCCAGAUGAUGCACUGAACCAAAAACAAAAAGUUGUUUAGGAGUAUAGUGCAUAUUGUUUUCUUUUCCUUCAACAGUGAUCUUGUUUCUCUGAUUGGCUAGGUAUUUGGCUGUAGUUUUAACUUCCAAGUUAACUUUACUUUUCUGUAAAGGUUUGCUGGAGAUCUCCAUUGGCUACGUUAUACAGUACUCCGUCCAUCUCUUAUUAGUUUAUCCACUUUCCUUUUUAGUUUA